CACCAAGAUCUUCAGAAACUGUUCAGCAUCCAAAUUUGAGUCAUGACCAGGAUAAGUGUUGUAAAUAGUUUUGUAUUGUUGCUGGUCUUUUUCUAUUGUGCAACUCUAGAAGCAGAGUCAUUUGAUUCUCCGAAUGAUCGAGGACAUAGAGAAGCCUCACCAAUGUGGUUUGGGCCUCGCAUUGGUAGGAAAAAGCGCAAUGACAUUAACAAGGUCUACAGAAACGAAAAAGAACAAUCACUCUUGGAUGUUUUAAGAGAAUCUCCUUUAGUGGUUGUUGCCGUAAACGAAGAAUCUGAAAUUUCAGCAAACAAACAACACAAUUUUACUCCAAGAUUGGGAAGAGAAUCGGGAGAAACCGCCCCUAACUGGUUGGACGGGGCGGAGUUAGUCGACGCAGAUCAGCUUUCUCCCAGGCCCUCCAAUCCUUUUUCUCCAAGGCUAGGAAGGACCAACUACAAUCCUUUUUCUCCAAGGCUGGGGAGAGAAAGUGAUGUUCCUCUUCAGUAACACGUUAACUUAUAACCCGUUUGCUUUAUAUAACAUUUAUGAAAAGAUUACCUAUUAUACUAACAAAAAAAUAAAGCUAGACAAUAGCUUUCACUUGCAAUUUAUAAUGUUUUAUUAAAUAUUUGAAAUUAAG